UUCGCUGGGACCUUGUCAGAUGGUUUGGGAAAGACAAUGGAUAACAGACAUCAAACCGAACGAGAAUACAUUCGCUACCAUGCUGCAACUAGUGGAGAACAUCUUGUAGCUGGAAUCCAUGGACUUGCACAUGGUAUCAUUGGAGGAUUGACAAGUGUAAUAACUUCAACAGUUGAAGGUGUGAAAACUGAAGGAGGUGUCAGUGGUUUCAUAUCGGGCCUUGGGAAAGGGCUGGUUGGCACAGUAACCAAACCUGUGGCUGGAGCCCUGGAUUUCGCAUCGGAAACUGCACAGGCAGUGAGGGACACUGCAACUCUAAGUGGCCCCAGAGUUGAAAUGGAAGAGUUCUUCUCCCUGCUCUACCUGCAGCUUCCAAUGAGCCAUGUAGUAAAACAAUUCUUCAAAGAAAGUCAAGCAGAAGGACAAGAACAGCUGUUCAAACUGACUGACAACAUCCAAGAUGAGUUCUUCAUAGCAGUGGAGAACAUAGACAGCUAUUGUGUUCUCAUUUCAUCUAAAGCCGUUUAUUUUCUGAAGAGUGGCGAUUACACAGACCGCGAGGCCAUCUUCCUAGAAGUCAAGUACGAUGAUCUCUACCACUGCCUUGUUUCAAAAGACCAUGGGAACGUGUAUAUACAGUUGACGAAGAAAGCUGUUAAUACAAGUAGUGGUGUAGCAAUGCCAGGCCCAUCACAACAGAAGCCAAUGGUGAAAGUGAAAUCUGAAGUUCUUGCGGUAAAGCUGUCUCAAGAAAUUAACUAUGCAAAGAGCCUCUAUUACGAACAACAGCUUAUGUUAAGACUCAGUGAAAAUCAAGAACAAUUAGAGCUGGACUCUUGAAAACCUCUUCCUUACUGCCAGAGCAAAUUGCAAGUAUCAGUCUGGAGUCGAUGGGAUUCUGUAACUGGAGAAAAGUACUCCAUGGGAAGGAAAUAAAUACAAUUAUUUUAGUAUUUA